AUGGCUGCAGUUGGUUUGAGGACGAGAUCGCAUGGCUCAAAGUCAAAACGAAGCAUUGUGCGAGAAAGUGAGAGGUCUACCAGUAGGACUAUUGACACGAGUCAGUUACAAUGUUGGACACCUAAAGCCCAAACUGCUUUCAAGAUAAUCAUCUCUGCUAGAUUCUCAGCAGCGUUACUUAGCAACAUCUCCGAUUGUGAUGAGACAUUUAAUUAUUGGGAGCCUGUAACCUAUCUUCCUAGUAGUUUUUCAAUGUAUAUGACAUUACUGUCUAUGGGAGCGUGGUACUUGGACAACAUUCCGUUAGCCAUCCUAAGUACAGCCAGUAGCGCUAUCAUUGGUUGGCCAUUUGCGGGUGCAUUGGGUAUUCCAAUAGCUAUAGACCUCGUAUUGAGAAGAAAAGAAAUUGUGCAGUUCGUUAAAUGGUGUGUUCUCGCUUUGCUCGUUGUAUUGAUACCUGUCGUUAUGACAGAUUCUCAUUUCUAUGGCAAGUUGGUGAUAGCGCCUUUGAAUAUUGUGUUAUACAAUGUAUUCAGUGAGCAUGGACCAGAUCUGUAUGGUGAGUUUCAGUCGAUCAAAUUUAACUUUUGUGUUUAUUUCAUUUUGCAGGAAGAACGGUUUCUCUUUCCAAUCUACCCGUUUUUUUGUCUUUGUGGAGCAGUGACUCUGUCAUCUGUGCAGAAAAUCUACCACUUGGUAUUUUUUGGCCAAAAACCAAAGCAUUACACCACUUCUUCUAACUGGAUGGCAAUAAUUGUGGGUGUGGUCUUUGCAAUUCUAUCAUUAUCAAGAUCUGUGGCUCUCUUCCAUGGUUACCAUGCUCCAUUGGAUGUAUACCCUGAGUUAACAAAAAUAUCAGAAGAUCCAGUUAUUCAUGCACUACCUGUGGAUGCCAAUGUUAAUGUAUGUGUUGGUAAAGAAUGGUAUCGAUAUACAUCCAGUUUCUUUCUACCAAAUGACAGAUGGCAUCUGCAUUUCAUCCAAUCGGAUUUCCGUGGUCAGCUUCCAAAGAUGUACAGUAGUCACCAAGAUGCAACUAGAAUUAUUCCAACACAUAUGAAUGAUAUGAAUCUAGAAGAAACUUCACGAUAUUUGGAUAUCAAGAAAUGUCACUAUCUCAUUGACUUGGACACGCCAGAGGAGACGCAACGAGAACCGCGCUACUCACAAAUGAAACAUGAUUGGUCAGUUGUUGCAAGCGUCAAUUACCUGGAUGCAUCAAGGUCACAUAGGUUUUACAGAGCGUUUUAUGUCCCUUUCCUGUCCAUUCCGCAUAACACGUACAUCAGCUAUAAUAUUCUUAAAAACAGAAAACCUAAAAUUGUUGGACGAAGUAAAAAAGAAUUUUUGGAAGACCCAGAUGACGAGCAAUGGUAACCAACAGAA